AUUUGUAUGAACCCUCGGAGCAGCAGCAUCGCCCCCACACUGUGAAUAAGAGUCGGAAGCAAACGCAAAGAGAAAAAGCUCUCCAGCAGCAAUGCCAGAAGCUGGGACUACAGGGUGGAGCAGUCUCUGUUCCUCCUGAGCAGUUGCUUUCUGUACCAAAACACAAGCCUUGUCAUCCUCAGCAGCCUGUGCCACAACCUCAUCCUCCUUCAGCAGAAAAUGACAACCAAGACCAGCAGAAGGAAGCGACACCAGUAGAUCCUCGUAAUGGCAGUGGCAGUGCACAGACCUGCUCUGCAAAGCCGAACUCCAAGGUGGAGAAAAAGAAAGUGGAAUUGCAGGAAAAAUCGCGAUGGGAAGUCCUGCAGCAAGAGCAGCGGCUGAUAGAAGAGAAGAAUAAACGCAAGAAGGCACUCCUGGCCAAAGCCAUUGCCGAGAGAUCCAAAAGAACUCAAGCUGAAACAGUGAAACUAAAAAGGAUUCAGAAGGAGUUGCAAGCUCUGGAUGACAUGGUAUCUGCUGACAUUGGCAUCCUGCGGAACCGCAUCGAUCAGGCCAGCUUGGAUUACUCCUACGCCCGGAAGCGGUAUGAAAAGGCUGAGUCGGAGUAUGUGGCAGCCAAGCUGGACCUCCAACACAAGACAGAGAUUAAGGAGCACCUGACAGAGCACCUGUGCACGAUCAUCCAGCAGAAUGAACUCCGCAAGGCCAGGAAGCUGGAGGAGUUAAUGCAGCAGCUGGAAGUGGAGGCAGAUGAGGAAAAUCUGGAACUUGAGAUAGAGGUGGAGCGGAUGCUGCAGCAGCAGGAGGCAGAAGCAGGGAGACAAGCCAGCCAGUCACACAGUCAUGCUGGGACAGCUAAGGAAAACCCCUCUCCCAGUGUUACGGCACAGGAGAGUGAGCGUGGUAACCACGCUGUCGCCUCUGCUGUUUCUGAACAGUCGGUUCAGUCUCAGAACUCCGGUACCAAAUCCCUCUCCAAUAUGGACAGCCAAACUCAAGCAGCAGAUGUGACUCCAGGAAGCCCCUCAGCUUGUUCUGCUACAUGA